AUGCCGCCCAAAGGGAAGAGCGGGGGGCCCUCUGCACAGGCGCCCGCCGCCGGCGCGCGGGGCUGGUUGCCGGAGCUGCGGUCCCCCGCGCUGUGCUGCGCCUGCGGCCUGUGCGUGCUGCUGGCGGGCCUGAACGUGACCCUGGUGGGUGCCUUCGCCUCCUUCCCGCCCAAGCACUACGCGCCGCUGGUGGCGGGGCCGGCGCUGCUGGCGGUGGCGCUGGGCCUGUUCGCCGCCUGCUGCGCCUGUAGCCGCCGGGGCCCCGGGGCCCGCCCGCACUCGGCGGCCGCCAAGGGUCCGCGCCGGGGCGGCGGCGGCGGCGGGCCGGUGGCGCUGGAGAUGGAGAGCAGCGAGCGCACGGCGCAGGACACCACGGCCAUUCAGCUCAGCCCCACCGCCUCGUCCGCGUCCUCCGGCCGCUCCAGCACCGGCCCCGCCCCCCGCCCCUUUGCCCUGGACGCCUCCGCGCCUGCAGCUGCCGACACGCCGCGCACCAACGGGGAGCGCCUCAACCUGCCCCGGGAGCGCGCCGCCCCCUAG